CGCGCGUUUCAAUUCAAAGCCAAUUCGGAGUUCAUUUGCAGCCAUUUAAUUAAAAUACAAAUUACAAAAUGAUGUCCUUCAAAUCAUUUGCAUUGCUUAGUUUAUCGCUUGCUGCCAUUACCGCCUAUGCUUACGCCCAAAUAGCGCCCGGCUCGAAUGCGUACUUGCCGCCCACCAAGAAUGGCUACGACUAUCCAGAGCCCAACAAGCCAUUCGCACCCAGCACGCCUGGCAGACCCGCACCUGGCGGACCCGGACCACGUCAGCCACCAUCUACACCCCGCCAGAUUCCCGGUCAACCCGCCGAUGAUCACGUGCAUAUGCCGGGCAUGCCGUUUGAGUUUGAGUACGCCGUGCAGGAUCCGGAAACGGCCAACGAUUAUGCGCACAAAGCGUCCAGCGAUGGCGAUGUCGUUACCGGCGAAUAUCGCGUCCAGAUGCCCGACGGACGCACACAAGUGGUGCGCUAUACGGCCGACUGGAAGACCGGCUACCAUGCGGAUGUCAGCUACGAGGGCGAGGCCACUUAUCCACAAGGACCGGCAGCUGGAGCACGCGGUGGCGGCGGCGGCGGUGGCGCUGCUGGUGGCUACAAAUACUAGAGAUUAAAGUGAGAGAGAUUAACUUGUUGUGAAUUUCAAGAGAAAUGUUUUAACUAUGCUAUAAUCAAUAAACAAAAAUUAUGAAUAAAUGCUUGUAUAUAUCAAAAGAAUAU